CGUGGCUCCACCGGUGGCGGGCGUGGCUAGGCGGCAGCGCGCGGGCUGCAGCCCGCCGUGCUCCCCGUGGCGCUGCGUGUGCCGUCGGCCCCUGCGUGGGGUGGAUUCGGCUGCGCUGCGUGGGCUCUGUAUCCCAGCACUGCCCGGCACCACAUCCAGAAACGAGUGGGCCCUGCGGUGCUCUGCACCGCGCUGCUGAGAGCCCGUACCAAUCUGCCCUCCUCCCAGCGAGGUACUCUCCCCAGAGCUCCGCUCCAUCCUGCAUGGUGCAAACCAGGGCUGGGUGCUGGGCCAGAGCACCGGGAAAAAGGCCAGGAUCUCACAGGAGACAAGAGCUUCCUUGGCCCUGGUUUGCAGGAGAGUCCAUGGCAAAGCCAACACCGCAGCGUUGAAUACAGGAACGCAGGAUAAGUCUGCCCCUCUCACCUCCUCAGUGGAUGCAGCUGCCCCUCCACACACAGAACAUUGACUCCUCAGCAACACUGAAGAGGGAAUUGCAAAUUAACAAGCAGAAGAAAAAAAUCCCUUCCUCAGCCUGUGGUGGUUGUGGGCUGGAGCAGUGGAGCCGUUUCUAGGUGCACAAAUGCGGGCAAAGGCAGGACUGAGGGACCAGACACAUCUGCACAUAUGGCAGAGGUGAGUCUGCUGCUGGGGAACCAACCGAGACUGGCAGCAGCGCAACAAGAGCAGAAUCAGUCCCUGACAUCUUCCCGACAACCUCCCCAGCCAAACAGGCGCUGCUCAGCCUUUUAUCUGCAGUAAGCCUCGUUUCCCUGGCAGCAAUAUUUCAGAGGGAUAGCUGGUCCAGGGGCUGGGACAGUCAGGGAACCAGGGCAGGACAAACAGCCGCUGCUGGGGCCAGUUCGUUCUCUUCAGCGAUCCAUGGGCAUAAUCUGUUUAAAUGAUUUCUAAGAGACCUCGGACCCCCAGCAGCAGCUGUGCCUCGGGGUGCUGCGGGAGCUCGGCGUUCCUCGGGGGGCCCCCCUGGCAGCGCGCCUAGUCACCCGCGAGGGAGGCGUUGGACCUUGUGUGUUUCAUACUUAGAAGCUAUACCCUACUCAAGGAGGCUUUGAACUAGUGUCACCACACCUUGACCAUGAAUGGGUACUUGAACGAGUCCAACUUCAUGAUGGUGGAGGAGGGCUUCACCGCCAGAGACCUCCUGGAGAACCUCCUCGUGGAGCUGUGCCAGGCGACCGACCAGCAAGCUUUCUUCGUGGCAGACCUUGGGGACAUUGUGAAGAAAUACCUGCAUUUCCUGAAGGCCUUGCCCCGUGUGAAACCCUACUUCCCAGUUAAGUGCAACAGCAGCGAAGGAGUGAUAAGGCUGCUGGCUGAGCUGGGGGCAGGCUUCGCCUGUACCAACAAGGCAGAGAUCGCACGGGUUCAAGGCAUCGGAGUCCCAGCUGACAAGAUCUUCUACAGCAGCCCCUGCAAGCAGGUUGCCCACAUCAAAUACGCAGCCAACCACAGCGUGCAGCUGAUGACCUUCGAUAACGAGGUGGAGCUGAGCAAGGUGGCCAGGAGCCACCCUCAUGCCAGGAUGUUGUUGGGUAUUGCUGCUGACUCCAGCCCCUCUACCCAUCCGAGCAUGACGUUUGGGACCACGCUCAAGUCCUGCCGGCACCUGCUAGAGACAGCGAAGGAGCAGGCUGUGGAGGUUGUUGGCAUCAGCUUUCACCUGGGGAGCUGCGGUCUGGAGCCCCAGGCCUUCGCUCAGUCUGUGGCUGCGGCGCAGCUGGUCUUCGAGAUGGGCACAGAGCUGGGCUACCGGAUGCACCUCCUGGACAUUGGAGGGGGAUUCCCUGGCACUGAGGACACCAGAGCCCAGUUCGAAGAGAUCGCUGCCAUGAUAAACUCUGCCUUGGACUUGUAUUUCCCAGACGGCUGCGGGGUGGAGAUCGUUGCGAGACCUGGGCGAUACUACGUCACCUCCGCCUUCACCUUCGCUGCCAGCAUCACUGCCAUGGAAGAGGUUCCCACGGAGCAGCCUGGCUCUGAUGGUAGGUGGGACAGCGGAAUGGGCCCGCCUGUGUCCCCAAGCCCCGCUGAGCCCUGUCCCUGCUCCCCUCCAGAGGAAGAGUCUGGUGGCAAGAAGAGCCUCGUCUAUCACCUUAGCGAUGGCAUCUAUGACACCUUCAGCUGCCUCCUGUUUGACAGCCCCUGCCCCAGACCUCAGCUGCACAAGAAACCCUGCCCAGACCACCCCGCGCACAGCAGCAGCCUCUGGGGCCCCCCGGGACAUGCAGAGGACUGCAUUGCUGACAGCCUGGAGCUGCCCGAGCUGCAGGUUGGGGACUGGCUGAUUUUCGAGGAUAUGGGUGCCUACACCAUUGCAACCUCAUCCGUGCUUGGGGGCUGUCCCCAGCCACAGAUCACCUACGCCAUGUCCCGCGUGGCCUGGAAAGCCAUCCAGCUCUUCCAGGGAAAGCCACCGCAAACAGAAGACAACCGCGAGAGCGUCUGCACCCCGCUGUCCUGCGGCUGGGAGAUGGCAGACACGCUCUGCGUCACCCCGGUCUUCACUCCGGCCAGCAUCAUCUGAGCAGCACCGGUACCCGGCGCGGGAAACGUCCCACGGCAGCCGGGCUGCGGCAGCGCCUGCUGCCGGCAUCGCCCCGCUCUGCUCUCACGGGGAACCCGUGGGCGAGGGCUUUGAAGUAUGCACCAUAAAUCCCGUUCCUCCUG